UUAAUUUUUAAAAUUCAAAAUAAUAACAAUAAUAUUCUUUAUGUUUUGGAUAUGGGAGAUAAGAGUUUCUGCAUAAAGAGCAUAAAAAGACUUACACCAGUUCCUGAAGUCUUAAUCACUGCAAACUUCGAUUUUUCUGAAGCUCUAGAAUCAGUUUAUCCAUUACUAGACAUUAUAUUUGAUUACCUAGACUUUAAUGAUUUAACCAGGUGUUGUCAAGUCAAAAAUUCAUGGAAGGAAAUUGCAGAAAAUAUUUUAAGCAAAAGAGUCCAAGCCAGUUGGUUUACAUGUUUUAAAGGAUCAACAAACAAUUGUUUUGAGCAUAGUGCUAAUCUCAAUUAUAACAAUGUAGGAUUUGGAAUAAUAUUGUAUGAUUUUAGGAGAAUCAAGCUUAGUAAAUAUAUUUGUGUACAUACAGAGUGGGAGGAACUAUCAAGAAAAACAGUUCCAGAGUAUUUUGAAGAAGAAUUUGUUCCACAUAAAACUGACUAUUGCGUCAUAUCCUGCGCAAAAGUUAUAUCAUAUUUCGAUAGCAAGAGUAAAAAUAUAUGUAAAGCAUCUUAUUUUGAUGGUCUAUUCUUCCCAAAAAUUCCCAAUGUGAGGAUGACCAUGUUUUACUGUAAUCCCGUCAAGGAGGAUGGAAUACAGAAGACAGUUGAUACCUAUAUAAAUUCAAACGAAGAGGUCAAGUGUUUGCUUAUGUUUUCUACAACUGAUCAGAAAAAGCCUUUGUAUAAUUUGCUGAAAGCCCUUAUACCAGAAAAUGAAGCAUCUUCUGUCGCAGUAGCUGGAGGUAUCAUAAGAGGAACAAAAACAUUCCAACAGAUCCAUGCUGCAAAACGUAUAUACACAAAUAAAGACAUUUUUUCAAUUGUUUUCCUGAAAGACAAAAGCGAGGAGACUGACUUUAAUGCUUUUUCCUAUGUUAUUGUAGGAGAUGACUUGUCCAAAGAUGAAUUUGCUGAAAAGUUAUUAAAGUUUAGACAACAAGUGUUAUUAAGGACCCAGACAGUUGCUAUAAGGAUAUGUUGUUCAGCCAAAGUUGAUGCUGACGAAGAACCAUUAAUUUUCAAUAAAAUAUUCCCUGGAAUACCAGUUUUUGGAUUCCAUGCCGAUGGAGAGAUAGGAUGGGAUUGUGUUUUGCAUCCUAAAACACCGCGUGAUUCUGAAGAACAUUUGCCAAAAAAAGCCAAACAUAGAUAUCCAAAUGUAAGUCAUCAAUGGUCAACAGUGUUUGUUUUGAUUACUUGGGGUACCAUAUUAUCUUAAAUGUGUGUAUUUGUUGUUUUAUAUUUUAAAGUAUUUUUUGUAGUAUUAUGAUCGUUUUGGGACUAAAGGAUAGAUUUUUAAUUCAAAAGACAUAAAAAAUAUAUUAAUAUUUGAUAAUAUUACAGUCGGUGGAUGGUGGAUGUAGUGUUUAUGAAUAAUUGAAACAAAUCUUCUACUCUUGGCUCUUAUUUGAUUAGUUUUUGUUUUAAGUGUGUUAAGAUUUAACUAUUUUAUAUAAGGUUACGUAAAGUUAUGGUCACAUUUAAGUACCUACAUGAAAAUCUUAAUAAAUUCGACAAUAUAAAGUUAAAAAUUAAUAGUAAUUGCUUAUUGGUAAAAUACUUUUACUUUUCUAUUUAAUUAUUCAAAACAAAAUUUUUGAUUAUUUUGUAAAAUUACAAUUAGUUUAAUAGGUAAAAUACGAAAGGUUUCAAAGCAUUUACAAUACAUUAUCAGGUUAGUUUCGUACUACAAUGUAUAGCAAAUAAACAAAAAUGGGUCAAUUGGGUCAAUCAAUUAAAUCAUAUUAAACAUUAUUUGCCAACAAACAAUUAACUUUUUGUGCUUCGUUUUUCUAAAUAAAGGAUAUCGCAUUUUUUUAAAUUGUCAUGUAAAAGUGAGUAUAAUUAUGAAAUACGCAUAACCGUGUAAGAUAGUUAAAUCUUACAUAAUGGAAAGCAAGCAGAAUUUAAAAUUUAAAAUAAUGUAUAGGUUACUCCGUUUAAAAAAAAACCACUUUAAUUCGUUCUCGCUCUAUGGGGCAUCCCUCGUAUAUUUGAAUACGGAGCACACUAGUUCGCUCCCAAGGUCAAAAAACCCUCUUAAUUACAUACUAGUUCGCUGCGAAAACCAUAACCUGGUUCGCCACCGUGAUCAAGCGGAUUAAGUAUUUAUCUAUUAAGUUCUAGGAAAAUUAACACCAGGAAAAUAGGUACUGCGGCUCUUGUAUUUUAUAUUAGAAAUUAUAUCAAAUAUUGGUAGUUACAUAUUUAUAUAAAUACAGUGAUAAGUGCGCUAAUAACCGGCAAAAUAACGCAAACGAUGGAAAGCAUAUGAAGUUGUAAGAUCAAAGAGAUGAAACUAGUAGAGAUGAGAAAUUUAGCAAUAGAAACCUAUAAAUUUACAUUAUAUUCACUGUUUCCCACCUUUAGAGGUAUUAGAGGAGGAUGUCAACUAAAACUGUCACUGUCACAGCGGUAGUUUCCUUAACUCUUACGUCUAAAGGUGGUAAACAAUAAAUGAAAUGUAAAUUUAUAGGUCUAUCGCUAAAUUUUCCAUCUCCACUAGUUUUAUUUCUAUUUAUCUCACAACUUAAUAUGUUUUCUAUCUUUUGCGUUAUUUUGCCGGUUAUAAGCGCGCUCAUUACUGUUAUUUAUUUUGAAAAAUGUUAGUGGUUAAUUUAGAAAUUAUAUUAGAAAUUUUUAAUUGUUUUUAAAAAUUACUGAAAUAUUUUUUGUGCCUAUUCUAUAAUACAGAUAUAAUAAGAAAGCAAUACAAGUGUAAAAACUAACAUAAUACUUGAUAUUCUCUACCAUUACAAAAUUAAACAAGUAUAAAUUAAAACGAGGCAUUUAUUUCGCUAGAAAUCUAAAUGAAAUACAUUUGACAAAAUCAAAUCUACUAAUAUUAUUUUGCUUUAAUUCCGCUAUUUCGUGAUCAACAAAUUUUUGACGCUCUAGAAGUGGUUUUCGGUACACUUUUUUUUUGUUUCACAGAACUUCGUAUUUUUAUAUAAGUGUCUAUUUGAAUAUAUUUUAAAACUUCUAAAAAUUGAAAUAUAUUAGGGUUCGGAUUGUAAAAUAACGAAUUAAAUUUAAAAUGGAAACUUUCACAGGCAUUGGUUGUACGCUCAAGUGAUGAACUGUUUUCCGCCCACAUCUCAGGAUGGAAGUCUGCCUCAUCAGAAAUAUAGUUGUCCACCAAGAAGUCAGCAAAUUGUUGUACGGCUUGGUGUUGUGCUGGUAAUAUUUUACUAAAGUCUAAAGCAAAACACUCACCUACUUCUAAUGGAUCUAGGAGAGGUAGACCAAACAUAUAUCUAAGGUAUUGUCCAACUUCAUUGUCGUUUGAAUACUCAGUAGCCAGACCAACUUUUUGAAUUUUUCUCCACCAUGAUUGUCCGAGAUGAAAUCUACAACCUCUUAUUUUCGCAGAUGGAAACACUUCACUUACAGCUGCAUGGAUCGCUUUUUCGAAAUCGGCAUACACAACCUUGGAACUAAAAUUUAAAUUCAAUUUUUGACACUCGGUCUUUAAACAAUUUAGGGCAGUCACAUAUGAGUUUGUUAACUUAUUUGAAAGCAAUAAGAAUGCCAACGGCACAUAGUGUCCAUUUUCGAGUCCGUGAACUGUAAAUAGUCGAAUAAAAAAUUUAGUGCAGUAUAGUCCCAUCAACAUAAAUUGUUUCUAAUUUACUUAAAAAUGUUAAGUAAGAUACACAAUUUUUUAGCGGAUCAUUUUUCAAUAAAAAUUGUUCUUUUUGGUUGGUUGUCACUUCCACGGAGUUUAACGAGGCAUGUACUGCCUGUGCGCACUUCGGAAUUUUGGGAAUAACUUGUUUUCUGCCACUAUAAAUAUUUUUUAUAAUCAAAUGUACAUCUUCCACAGUAAUUUCGCUGUGUAUCAACUUCAAUGGUUUUUCACACAAAUCAUCCAUUGCCUUCCGCUUAACACUAAUACUUAAUUUUUGCCGGUUUAACACUGUUUUUGAUAAACUUUCAUGGAUAUGGUUAUGACUACAUUCGACUACACUGUUACAAAUAUUUAAAGUUUUAAGAAAUGCUUUGCAACUUCUUUCUACGCACUCCCAGCGUUUGAUAUUAUUAGCAAGCAUUUUAUGGAAGUUAUACUCGUCAUUAUCAAUAACUAACGUUGACUUGCCCUUUUCACUUAACAUUUCACUUACUUCAGAUUUCUAAAUCAUGAACUAGGUAUAACAGCAUUCAAACUCGAACUAAAGUAAUAAUGUUAAGAUUCGCACCACCCCUAUUUCUUAUCAUAAAAUUUCAGGUAGACUACUAAUUAUCUACCAAUCUUUUCAAAGAAAUAUAUCAAUUGCAACUUCUGAUACGGAAAAACCCAAUCAAAUAUUGAACAAGGAAAUAUUAGCUUUAACAUCAUAAUAAUUUAGUGAAAUUAUCGAUAUAAUUUUAAUAUUUUUUAAGAAAGAAGUAGUGUUAUAUAGUAGCAUUGUUUAAAAAAGACUCAUUCUUUUUUAAACAAUGAUGGUAGUGUUAUAUUAAUAGGUAAAUACAAAGUUUGAUAAGACAAUAUUUAAAUAUCUUUUCUAAGAAAUAUAUGGCCGGAGCGAAUUUACCUAUACCUAUGCCCCUUGUCUGUGGGAUAUUAAAAUCUGACCGCGGGGGUGAACUAGUAUACACCCUUUGAAUAAUUAUAGUAAUAACUUUUGUCGUAAGUAUUGUAAAAGAUUUUAAAAAGUGUCAGUGUUAUUCAAUGAAUGAACAACCUUAACAAACAUUUUAAAUUGGAAUGAUAGCUAACAACCAUUAAUCAAAAUCAAUUUUAAGUUUAUGGUCAAUGAUUAAUUAUUUGUUUCCAUCUAUCCGUUUGUCCAUAACGUUACGUUUUUUAUAAAGUAUUUUGUGCUUGCUGUACUUAUUUCUUAUACUGAACCUACUUAUACUUUCUUAUUUCUUAAACAUUCUUCUAAGAAUUAACAUUUUGUAUUUUA